AUGGCUGUCGCUCAGCCUCGGCCGUACAGGCGCAUUUUGACAUCUGCACUGCACCGGAGAUUUGUCCAUGCAUCUGCUCUGGCGUUGUCGGUCUGCUACUUUGUAGCAUUUCUUCUAGGAGACAAGUCAUCUUUUCUAUGGGCAUGGUUUCCAAUUGGGGCCUGCGGUUUUCGCACAGUUCUUCUGUUUCUUUCUAGUCUUGUCAUCUUCGUUCUGCGUGUGGGCCAGAUGCACAUCGGCUCGAGAACAACAGCAUCACCGAUUACCACAUUCAAGACCCUUAUCCCUCUGGAUAUCAUUCAGACGUUUGGCUGGUAUCUUUUCUCGGCUUGGUGGUUUAGCGAGAUGUAUAAGUGGUCUUGUCCCUCGAGUGCUGGAUUGGAGUGGGUUAAACGGGGCAGACCGCAUGAACGAGCAACGCUGAACGAAAGACCAAUCUACCUCCAAUCAUACCAUUUGCUACUCGCAGUUGUGCAGUCAAUUGUCCAUCUUUAUUGCGACUACGAUCGUGUCCCAAUCCCUACUGCGAAACGGGUUUCCGGUGCUGCAGAUCAGAAAACACACCCAGUUGAGCCGAUCUCUCAGCGAAUCCAGACUGCUUUGCCCCGGAUGAUCAGGGAUGGUCUGACGCGAAGCGCACUGGUUGCCACGGUUUGCCCAGUGGUCUACACCCUGCUUUUCAGGCGGCCAGCAUGGAGCUUUACCAUGUACUUUGCCAAGUUAUUUUGGAACUUUCCAAGAUCAGCCGCUGAUCCGCCUGGUGUGAUUCCUAUCUUUGGAAUCGGCUUGAUUUUGCGUACAAUCAUCUCCGGGGGGUUGCUGAUGCUCUGUUGGCAGUCCGCCAACCUCUUCUUCUCUAUAUUCAUCAGCAAGGCGCCUCUCAAGUUGGGCCAGCCCUUGACGGCAGAGGCUAAGGAUCCCAAUGGCAGUUUGCUGACCGGGCUGAAGGCAAAGAAGGAGACUGUCAAGUCCUUCGCAUUCUGGGAACUGUGCCUCAUCAGCCAGCAGUUUCCUGACCGGCGCAAGGCAAUUUUCAACGAUAUCGACCGCGAUGGUGGUUCCACCUGGUCUCAAAUUCUGCAGUCUGCUACGGAGGUUAUCAAGGGUAUUUCUAGCCGGAUUGAGGAGAAGAAGGCGCCUGCGGGUUCAAAGCCCGAGCAGCAAACUGAUAAAACUCAACCUGUACUUCGCACGCUGCCACGACUGGCGGAGCCUCCGAAGGAGGAUAACAUCUUUGCUAGCGCUCCUAAAGCUGUUUCGAGACCCGACAAGAUUGGCGAGGCGCUCAGCUCGACCGCCAAGAAGUACGGGCAAUCGCCCGACUGGACUCCUACGGCCAGGGCUAAAGCUCGUGAUGUGUUCGACCGCGCCUCGUCGGCUGUCCUCAGUCCCGAACGAAAGCAGAAACUGCUUGCUUCUUCUCGGGAGCUCAAGAUGCUCACGGGCCCAACGGUCACAUCAGAGAAUGUGCACCCCCUGAUCGCACAAGUCCUCCGCACCCCAUUAGGCCUCAUGUUCCGCCAGACUUACGCCCGCCGGUUAUCCGGCAUCGUCCUUGGGACACCGUACGCGAGCGUAUCCGUCACCGUCGACGCCAUUGAAUCCUUGACCCGCCUCCUGGUCGCGAGUCUCGCGGAAGACCAGUACGGCAAAGUGCAGGCCGACGUCCCCGGAGUCGUGCGCCUGUUCACCGACACGAUCAUGGUCCUCGAGCCAUUCAUCAACGGCGGCCUAGACGCGCACUGGACGGACGUGAACUUCCCACCCUCGAGUAAUCCCGAGGCGCAGGCGGCAGCGCGCCGGGUCCCCGAGGUGGAACUUGUCCUGGAUACCCUCAAGCUCUGCCUCAAGGACCUUCUGUCCGCUUUCAACUUGUAUUUCAAGAACAUCGGGCUCGUGGGCAAGGACCUGCGGCUAGCGAAAGAAGCAGCCGUGUCGUUCGAAGGCGGGCUUUAA